AUGCGCGUGAGUGUUACAGUGAGAGGUGUGGUGAGAGGGAGAGGCUACCAUGGGCGUUGGAGUGUUGAGAGUGAGUGUCAGGGGAAGGCGAAGGGGAAUGCCAGUGCCUGGAAUUCCCUUCUUCGCAUGCACUCCACCCAUGGAUUGCCCCAAAGUGUCCUUCAAUGUUUUGCUUCUUUUCUCAACUCUGGCCAUUCCCCUGAUCAGUUUACUUUCGCCAUCACUCUGUCCGCCUGUGCAAAGCUACACAAUGUUGAGUUGGGGAGGGCAGUUCACUACUGCAUAAUUAAGAGGGGUCUUCAAUCUGCCUCCUUCUGUCAUGGCGCACUCAUCCAUCUUUACGCCAAUUCCCACUCUCUCACUUCUGCUCGCACCCUAUUUGACGCCGCACCCUCCCCUCAUCUCCACCCUAUUUCUUGGACCUCUUUAAUCUCUGGUUAUGUUCAAUCCGGCUUGCCUCAGCAAGCACUUCACGUAUUUGACAAAAUACGCAUCACUGUUUCUCCUGCUUCUUUUCCACUUCUAGACCCUGUGGCACUUUUCAUCGUCUUAAAUACUUACACCUCUUUAGGAAAGCUGGACAAUGCUUUCCAAUUGUUUGCACAUAUGCCCAUCUCCACCUGCAAUGUUGUGGCUUGGAAUGUCAUGAUUUCUGGUCAUGCCAAGAGAGGCCAUUAUCAGGAGGCUCUUGCCUUCUUUCGUCAAAUGAGUAAGCAUGGUGUCUGGUUGCUGAGUUCUGAAUUUCUGGAGAAGUGGAAAGCUUUGCUGCAAGAUCUGGGAGAGGUGAAGUGGAGAUCCUCUAGAGCUGCAAGGAGGCCCUGGAAUUUAUGGAUGAAAAUUGGGAGUUUCUGGGUUUCUGGAAAAUCUGGUGCGUUUCUGUAG